UCAGUCAUCUUUCACCUGUCAGCAUGUCCGGCAUUAUCAUAUUUCUGUAUUUUCCAAUCAUUGUUUUCCGUUUUCCCAGUGCCAUGAGUUUCAUCCAAUAGCUAAUAACCAUUCCGUAUUCCGUAAUUCAUAGCCCGUAAUUCGUGAACCGUGACGAUGUCCAAGACAGGCAAUCAACGUGAACCCUCAUCCACUCAUCCGUCAUCAUCGAAAGCAGGCUUCAAUCAGAGGAGAACUGGCCACAUGACAGCUCCACAUCCCGGCCCGAAACCGGAGAAGCGUCGCAUCCUGGAACUGCAUGCCAUUUUCCUCAGUCACGAUGGACGCGGUGACAACAAAAUAGCCAUUCGCCACCUGGGCAAUUGUCUCCGGGUGAUGGGCGCCAAUCCCAGCGAGGCGAUGAUCGAUGAACAUGUCCGUCAACUUAAGGCCGCAUCCUUGAGGCGCAUAUCCUUCGACGAGGUGAUGACCAUAUACUGCAGCCUGGGCAAGCAUGGCGGCCGGUCGAGACCCCAGAAAAAGCAGAUGGAAGUGGAACAGUUCACAGCCAGUCUCAAUCUCUUUGAUAAGGAUAAUUCCGGUUUUCUGCCCGCCGUAAAACUCCGGCGUAUUUUAACUCAGUGCGGCGAGUGCAUGAGCGGAUGGGAGGUGGAUGAUCUUCUAAGGGGCAGGAUCAACGAACUGGGAAUGGUCAACUACAAGCAGCUGAUCCACGACAUUAUGAAGGAUUAAUAGACAGAAAUAAAAUAAAUUGCUAGGGAACCCCUGAAAGUAAUACACACAAAGACAGGUGAAAGUUUGUCUAAAAUAAAUAUUUGUUGCAAGCCCCAAAAAAGGGA